ACCGCGCGGCGCGAGAAGUAAAAUUAACUAAACUGAUUUUUGUUUACACAGCGUUGUUCCGCAUUGUUUUUGCUCAUAUAAUAUACAAAUAAAAAGCUUGCCAUAUCAAAGCUUCGAUAGUCAGCUGAUAAGCGCCCACGCAUUCAUACGGGGAGGCGGCAAAACAAACCAAAAAAAUUGUCAAAUUUAAAAAAAAACACCCUAUCAAGAUACCGCUGAAUCACAAGCUCCCUCCCCCCGAGCGAGUUUCCAUCGGUGCUGUGUCAGCGACAAUUUUUCCAUAUCGUCAUUCGCACUGUUCAAGCGCAGACGUCUCUUUUGGUGGCCGGGAAAACUGACGAAAAUGGGCUGUGAGGAGAAACAAGAAACCGCAAAGUCGAUCCUGCGCAUCCAGGACAUUGCGGUCCUGAUGCAGGACCACUGCCGCAUGCUAGAUCUCGCCAAGGUGGAGCGUAUCAUCAACGAGUUCAUUCAGGGCGGACCGGAGCGCAUGCAACUCGUGUCGGACUUUGACUAUACAAUCACCAAACAGCGCACGGAGGACGGCAGUGUGGUGGCCUCCAGUUUUGGCAUCUUCAACGCCUGCCAGUCGCUGCCGGAUAGUUUCAAAACAGAGUCGGACAAACUGUACCACAAAUACAGGCCAAUUGAGAUCGAUCCGCACAUGCCGAUCCCCGAGAAGGUUCAAUACAUGGUCGAGUGGUGGACCAAGUCGGGUGCGCUGGCCACCGGUUUCCCCUUCGAUCUGUCGGAAAUAGAUCAGAUAGCCAGCAAGUAUAAGAACGCGCUACGUGACCGUACUCAUGAAUUCUUUGCCGAUCUGCAGCGCUUGGGCAUUCCCACCUUGGUUUUCUCCGCCGGACUGGGCAACUCUGUGGUCUCCGUGCUGCGCCAGGCAAACGUGAUGCAUCCCAAUGUUAAGGUGGUUUCCAAUUUCCUGCAAUUUCACAAUGGACUUCUGAACGGUUUCCAGCAGCCCAUGAUCCACACCUUCAACAAGAACGAAACUGUCCUGGACGGCAGUGAGUAUUACAAUCUGGUCCACACGCGCGAUCACAUCAUCGUGAUGGGAGAUUCCCUUGGAGACGCUGACAUGGCAUCCGGCGUUCCCGCAUCUUCGCACAUCCUGAAAAUUGGCUUCCUCUUCGAUCACGUGGAGGCCAAUAUGGAUAAGUAUAUGAAGACAUUCGACAUCGUCCUGGUGGAUGAUCAGACGAUGGAUGUGCCCCGGGCACUGCUCGCUCUCAUCGAAAAGCAGCACCAGCUGAAACAGCAGGCCACAGCGCAAAGCUCCCUCUGAUACCCCUGACAACAAUACGUACUCCCUCUGUAUGGUACUCAAAAGUCGUUCCUGCUUUCUCAUUAGCAGGAAUAAGUGUUAAAUUUUAUUAGCAAACACAAACACACACACAGCAGAAACUACUAAUUAAGUGGUUUAGAUUUAACGAUUCAUUCAUGUUAACUGACAUGUAUUCAUACCAUAUUAAAUGACAACGUUGUGCUUGGAA